AUGGAUAACUUUCACUAUAAUCUGACUUCGGAGCAGCUCCAAAGCUUUCAAGAAGGAGGAUAUCUACUGGUUCGCGGUUUUUUCAGUCCGACCGAGACAAAGCUGUUACAGCAAUGGGCACAAGAAGUCCACGAUUUGCCUCGUACACCCGGUGUCCCCUGGAUGCCUUAUGAAGAGGUCAAUGGAGAGGGAAAGCAUGUCUUGUGUCGCACGGAGAAUUUUGCCAAUUCACACAACGGGUUCAACAGCUUCCUUCGGGGGCAACGUGCCACCAGUGCAUUGAACCAGCUUUCGGGAGAGGAGAUGCUUCUUUUCAAAGAAAAGAUCAACUACAAGUUGGCCGGUAGUGGUGGUUUUGACCCGCAUAUCGACGCCAAUGCUUACACUCACGUUAAGAACAUCAAGCAUCUGACAAUCCUUGCUGCAGUUGACGAGAUGGACGCUUCUAAUGGAGGUCUAGAGGUGGUUGAUGGCAGCCACCGCAUGGAGAUUCCACUGGGCAGUGAUCGUUGCAUUACGCCUAGCUGGGUCGACAGCCACCCGUGGACGCCAUGCAAUCUGGCGCCGGGCGAUAUUCUGGUCUUUGGAUCUUAUCUGGCUCACCGUAGCGGUGCCAAUACUAGUCCCAAGGAUCGCCGCGCUGUUUACGCGACAUACAACUGCGCAGCCGAGGGAAAUCUGCAUGAUCAGUACUAUGCCGACAGGCAGAAGCUCUGGCCUGCGACACAUAUGCGGAAGGAGGGCAUGGAUUACGAGGAGGGUCGAGCUCGCUACGCCUUCGGCUCUCCUAUGUUGACAGUUGACUCGAAGGCCGUUUCUGCAGUUUGA